AUGAAAACCCGACAUUUCCAUUUUGCUUUCCUACCAGGGGCAGGAGCAGAAAGGGUUGCCACGAAGGACGCUGGAGGCAUGGAGGCCAACCUCUCCUUGGAAGACGAGGAGUGCCAGAUCGCUGAGAACUACAAGAGGGUCUACCUUCCCGUGACCUACAGCAUCGUCUUCGUGCUGGGGCUGCCCCUCAACAGCAUCGUUCUCUGGCUCUCCUGGUGCCGCACCAAGCGCUGGACGUGCACCACCAUCUAUCUCUCGAACCUGAUGGUGGCCGACCUGCUCCACAUCACCACACUGCCCUUCCUCAUUGCCAACUACUCGCUGAGGGACCGGUGGCCCUUUGGCGACUUCUUCUGCCGGCUGGUACGGUUCCUGUUUUAUGCCAACCUCUACUGCAGCAUCCUGCUGCUAACGUGCAUCAGCGUGCACCGUUUCCUGGGCGUGUGCUACCCCAUCCAGUCCUUGGCCUACCGCACUCGGAGACUGGCCCUCACAGGCAUAGGCGUCACGUGGGCCCUGGUCAUCCUGCAGGCACUGCCCACCCUCGUCUUCUCUGAAACGGGGCCCAACAACGGUCAGAUCGUCUGUCACGACCUGAGCCGCCCCCCCGUCUUCGGCCACUUCUUCGUCUACGGGAUGAUUCUGUCUUUCUCAGGCUUCCUCGUGCCUUUCCUGAUCAUCCUCAUCUGCUACUCGCUGAUGAUCAAGAGCCUGGUGAAACCCCCGGAGGCCCAGAUGGGGCUGGGCAGGGCCGCCCGAGCCAAGUCUGUCCGCACUAUUCUCGCGGUGUGCUUCCUCUUCGUCCUCUGCUUUGGGCCCUUCCACGUCACCCGCUUCAUGUACUUCUGGUUCCGGCUCCACGCCACCAAGAACUGUGCCCUGCAGGCGGGGGCCAGAAUGGCUUAUAAGGUGUGGCGGCCUCUGGUCAGCUUCAACAGCUGCCUAAACCCGGUGCUCUUCUUCCUGUCCGGUGGCAGCAACAGAACCAGGCUGGUCCAGGAACUGAGGCAAAAUAAGUGA